AUGGCCCCAAGCAAAGCACCCUCAAAAGCCCCUUCAAAAGUGCCCACAAAGGCACCGACCAAAGCACCCUUCAAAGCUCCUUCAAAAGCACCAACAAGGGCUCCAAGCAAAGCCCCCACAAGAGCUCCUUCAAAAUUGCCCACAAAGGCACCGACCAAAACACCCUCCAAAGCUCCUACUAAGGCUCCUACAAAGACACCUACCAAGGAACCCUCAAAUGCUCCGACAAAAGCCCCUACCAAGGCUCCAAGCAAAGCUCCUACCAAGGCUCCAACUAUCCCUCCAGGAUCUGCCCCCACUGCUGCUCCAUCACCUGUAUUUAAUGCCAAGAGUGUCUUGAUUGCAGCUCUAGAACAAGGUGACUAUUCACCCUCAGGUCCCUAUGGGUCAAUUCUGACUUGGAAUGUGCAGGCAGUUGAUAACUUUGACGGCUUGAUCAGUGGGCUGACUCAGCCUGAUUUGACAACAUGGAAUGGAGAUGUCAGCAUGUGGGAUGUUAGUGGAGUAACUUCGAUGUCUUAUCUCUUCGGAACUGCUGCAAGUUUCAAUGUGCCACUGAACAAUUGGG